AUGUCGACGCUCAAGGUCUACCCGCUGAGCAACUACAGCUUUGCGACCAAGGAGGCCCAGGUGGACGAGGACCCCUCCGUCGUUGCGCGUUUGCAGAGGCUCGAAUCCGACUAUGCGCAGUACGGCAUGAGGCGGACGGUCGAGGGGGUCAUGGUUGUCCACGAACACGGACACCCGCACGUUCUCCUCCUCCAAAUCGCCAACGCCUUCUUCAAGCUCCCGGGUGACUACCUGAAACCGCAGGAGUCAAACGAGGAGGGUCUCAAGAUGCGCAUGCAUGAGAAGCUGGGGCCGGAGAGUGCGGGCGACGCGGCGAUGAACGGGUCGGAGCUGCCAGGACCGGAGGAUUGGCAGGUCGGAGAGGCGAUUGGGCAGUACUUCCGCCCGAAUUUCGAGUCCUUCAUGUACCCCUACAUGCCCGCACACAUUACAAAGCCCAAGGAGAUCAAGACGUGGUAUCUGAUGCAGAUGCCCGAGCGCCAGGUCCUGACCGUCCCGAAGAACAUGAAGCUCGUUGCGCUUCCGCUCUUCGAGCUGUAUGACAACGCUGUGCGAUACGGCCCGCAACUCGCCUCGCUGCCUGCCCUCCUCUCGCGCAUCAAGUUCGAGUACGCGCAGUGA